UAUUUUUACUGUAUAUUCUGAAAAGACAAAGCUUCAGUUCAUUCCCUAGAAUCCCUACAAAAAUGCACUAAGGAAUCUCUCUCAAGGCUCAUAAUAAUAUUGUUUUAUAACUCUUGACGCCCUUUAAAACCAUAAAACAUCCUCAUUACAGCUGUCGUUACAUAUAUACAUGUAUGUAUAUACCAGUGUUUAGAUGAUUUUGUGUACCUAAAUGUGAAAAUGUCUGAAUGUCAGCCUUGGUUAAGCCCAAAGUUUAUAGUUUUGUGUAGUUGAUUAUGGGUAUGUAGUUUUUCCUAAGUAGUUUGCAAAUAGUUUUGAAUUUUAAGGGAAAAAUUGUUUGGCUUUAAUGGCAAAUGUUGAAGAUAUUUUUCAAUUACAGUUGGUUGUGGGAGGGUCAAAGCCUGAAAUUUGGUUAUAAAUCUUUAUCUUACUAUAGCUCUUCUGUUAUUGGCUUUGAUCGAAUGGAUUUGUUAUUAAUAGAGAUUAUGGGUUUGAACAAAAUUCAACUUGGUGGAAUUGAUGUACUUCUGUUUGGGUUUUUUACAAGGACAAGCUGAUAUUCUUGGAGAAUUUUUCUGCAUAAUUGGGUUAUUUUGAGCAUCAAAAAGCCGCCAUUGAUCUGGUAAACAGAUAGCUAAUUUACAGAUUUUGGGGCUAAGAGAGAGAUUCUAGGAGAAGCACAUAAGGGUGGUUGAAUGAAAGUUCUUAUAUUUGGGUUUUUUACAAGCUCAAGCUGAUAUUCCUGGAGAAUUUUCUGUGCAUAAAAAAUCCCCCAUUGAACUGGUAAAAAGAUAGAAAAUUUGCAGAAUUUUGGGGCUAAGAGGCAGAUUCUUGGAGGAGCAUAUAAGGGUAGUUUUAUUUCAUCCAAUGUCAGGGGCUCCAAGGGAAAGAUCAGCGAAUGUUGCUGAUUCCCGACUUAGGCCUGCUGGAAACAAGGCAUUGAGGUUAAAAAACGGGCAAAAGCUCGUGUCAAAGACUAUGAGGAAGGUGGAGGAGUCAAUAAAGGAUGAAGGAGUCGAAUUAGAUAAGAACAGACCAGUUAUUGUCACAAAAUUGUCUAAUCCAACACAUUCUGUUAGUGUUCCUUCAGUACUUCGACGACAUGAGUUGAUGUUGCAUUCGAAUUUGUCACUCAGUGCUUCGUGUUCGUCUGAUGCCUCUGCUGACUCAUACCGUAGUCGGGCCUCGACUGGUAGGAUGUACAGAACAAGUAGCACAUCUGGUUGGAGGAAGCAAUUAGGUUCAAAGGCAAAAAUGGUUGUUCCAAAUGGUGUCCCAGAACCUUUACCUGAUGGCUUACAGGCUAAAAGGAGAUGUGCUUGGGUCACAGCUCAUACUGAUCCAUCUUAUGUAACUACAGGCCUCGGGUUAUUCAAUGUUGAAUAUUUCUUGAGGCAACUGAAGCUUAAAAUUGACAAAUUAGCACCAACUAUAUCAGGCAACUUUUAA